AAUCGAUUCCACCAUACUACACUUAGUAGUUGGGUAGGUAGGGGUUAUUAUUGUUUCUUUGGAUCGUCGUCAUAUACCCUUCCGACUGGUGCGAGGAUUACUAGACAACUUUUUCGUCUUCUUCCGGUCAUAUGUGCCAAGACGACCAACUACUUUACACUCUCAGUUCGCCUAGGAUUAUGUGCUAGUGAAUAUUUAUUCUUAUUUCACUCUGCUUACUUAUUAUUGUGAUUAAAUUUACUUUAUUAUUGUUAUUCAAUCGUUACUAGUCAUCGAUGGCAUUUAAAGUUACUUUUCAGUGAAAUGUGAUAACUUUUUUUACAAGUUUUGAUUCAAAUUUUGUUUUAUUAAAUUAUUUUUUAUGCGCAAAGUAGUUGUCGAGCUGACGUGACAAUAAGCGAAUAUUUAUAAAUGGACUAGUGGAAAUGUGUGAGAUUUGCGCAGAUAUAAAAUGUAUCCGGCGUUGAUAAAUAGAAAAGACAACCAUCAAACUCAGGAUGUCAUGAAAAAACUAAACGCCAAAUCAUCACGUAUGAAAUUCAGCUAAAAUGGUUCUAAGCGCAUUAAUAAUAGCGUCGACGUUGAAAAGUGCACUUGGACUGAUGGGUACUGGUUUCUGGUUGGUACCAUUGGUGAUAAUAGGACUGUCUUUCUACCGCUAUGACCAACUUGAUCCAGAGAACCGAGUCAUAAACAAACAUAUCCUGGAAUCUGAGUAUGAUUUUAUCGUAAUCGGUGGUGGGUCCGCGGGGGCUGUUGUCGCGAGUCGGUUGACAGAAAUUCCUGACUGGAAAGUUUUGCUUCUGGAAGCUGGGCCUGAUGAAAAUGAAAUCACUGAUGUACCAUCACUUGCCGCUUACCUUCAGUUGUCGAAAUUGGACUGGAAAUACAAAACGGAACCUACUGGAACAUCAUGUAUGGGAAUGAAAAAUGGACGUUGUAAUUGGCCACGUGGUAAAGUACUCGGCGGUUCAUCAACUUUAAAUUAUAUGUUGUAUGUACGCGGUAACAGAAAUGAUUACGAUCACUGGGAAGCUCUGGGCAAUCCUGGAUGGGGUUACGACCAAGCGCUCUAUUAUUUCAAGAAAUCAGAAGACAAUCGUAAUCCCUAUUUGAAGAAAAGUCCUUACCAUGGUACUGGUGGGUAUCUAACUGUCCAAGAAUCUCCUUGGCGAACACCACUGGUAGUUGCUUUCGUCCAAGCUGGGACUGAAUUGGGUUACGAGAAUCGGGAUAUAAAUGGUGAAUAUCAAACGGGUUUCAUGAUUGCCCAGGGGACUAUAAGACGUGGCAGUCGCUGUUCAACAGCAAAAGCAUUUCUUCGACCCGUACGUUUGCGUAAAAAUUUACACGUCGCUAUGAAUACACACGUCACACGUAUUAUAAUCGAUCCGCUGAGUUUGCGAGCCGUUGCCGUGGAAUUUUAUCGCGACGGUAAAAAACAAAUAGUCCGCGCACGGAAAGAGAUUAUAUUAUCUGCCGGCGCAAUCAAUUCACCUCAAUUAUUAAUGUUGUCUGGAAUAGGUCCACGACAGCACUUAAAAGAAAUGGGAAUUAGAGUUAUCAAAGAUCUACCAGUUGGUGAUAAUCUUCAAGAUCAUGUUGGUAUGGCUGGAUUGACUUUUCUGAUAGACAAACCAGUAUCCAUUGUUCAAGAUCGUUUUCAACCAGCAGCGAUCACUACAAAUUAUGUCAUAAAUGGACGGGGCCCAAUGACAACACUUGGAGGUGUCGAAGGCUACGCAUUCAUCAACACCAAGUAUGCUAACGAAACUGGACUCUAUCCAGAUAUUCAAUUACACAUGGCGCCGGCGUCAUUGAGUUCAGAUGCCGGCGUUCAAGUAAGAAAAGUUCUAAGUCUCACGGACGAAAUCUACGACACAGUUUUUCGGCCAAUUACCAACAAAGACGCUUGGACGCUAAUGCCAUUGCUUUUGAGACCUAAAUCACGGGGUUCUGUAAGAUUGAGAAGUAAUAAUCCAUUUGCUAACCCACUUAUCAAUUCGAAUUACUUCGCGGAUCCCGAGGACAUGGCUAGGCUGGUCGAAGGUGCUAAAAUAGCUGUAAAAAUAAGUGAAGCUAAAGUGUUUAAACAGUUUGGCUCGCGAAUACAUAGAAUUAAAAUACCAGGUUGUAAUCAAUUUAAAUUCGGUACUGAUCAAUAUUGGGAGUGUCAUAUCAGACAUAUUACUAUGACUAUUUACCACCCAGUGGGUACAGCCAAAAUGGGACCAAUUACUGAUCCCGAAGCGGUUGUAGAUUCGAGGCUAAGGGUCUACGGUAUCGACAAUUUGAGAGUUAUUGAUGCAUCAAUAAUGCCGACAAUUAGUAGCGGUAAUACUAAUGCUCCGGUUAUUAUGAUCGCGGAAAAGGGAUCUGAUCUCAUUAAAAAUGACUGGCUUGCUGUUACCCAAAGAUAAUUAUUUCUGUUCACCCAAUUUUAACAAUAGUUUAUUAAAUAAUACCUAAGCUAGCUCGUAAUCGGAUUUGUCUGUGAUUAAAUCCUUCAUUGUUUUCUAUCAUGUUAUUGUUACUGAAUUGUAAAUGUUUUAUACUUUUAUAGUUAAUAAAUUUUUUAAUGAUUCAUUUAAAUAAAAAUAACUGAUAAAAUAUAUAUAUAUUUCUUGGUUCCAUUAGCCAGAAACAGAAUUUAUCGAUUUUUUAUCAGUUAUUGCGUAUAAUUUUCUUACAAAAAUUUUAUGAUAAAUCGUAAAUAUAAAUUUCUAGCGCCAAGUUUUAAAUUUUAAAAUAUAUUGUAAGAAAGUGUGCCAUAAAAAUGGUGUCGGAUUUAAAUUUUAUCACUCGGAAGUUGUAAAUAUAUUGUAAAAUAAAAAAAGUAUCGUAAAUUUUACGGAUACUUAUUUUAUUUUAUUUUUUUAAGGUGCAUGGGUAGAAUGUAAGUAGGAUUAGAAGCCUGUCGAGUUACAAAGCUGUAGUCAUAUCAUGUAGAUGAAGUGUUUGGUAAAAUUGUGUUUAUAAAUAUAUAAAAACAAUGUAAAAAUAUUCUUUUAUACAUUUCUCGAAAAUAAAC